AUGGAGGUCAACAGGCGAAUGGGGAUGAGAGACACCGUGCUGGCGCUCUUUCUCGCUGUCUUGCAGGGAUUUCCUCUCGGGGAUACGGUCCCGAACCCAUCACCUCUGGUUGGAUCCACCUGGGGGAACCCAAGGAGAUACGUCCACCUGCAGACAUCCACAGACCUCAAUAACUUCUACUUGGAGAUCAGAUUAGAUGGGAGUGUGCGCAAAACUACGUCCAGGAGCACCUAUAGUGUGAUUCUACUGAAAUCUGAAGCAAGAGAUCGUAUCGCCAUCCUCGGCGUCAAAAGCAGCCGUUACCUGUGCAUGGACCUGGAGGGCAACCCGUUCAGCUCUCCUGUCUGCCUUCGGGAUGACUGUCUGUUCAACCACAAGCUCCUGGAGAACAACCGGGACGUGUACUACUCCAGCCGGACCGGCAUCUUGUUCAACCUGGAGGGCUCCCGACAGGUGUACUCGGCGGGUCAGAACCUGCCGCAGACCUCCCUCUUCUUGCCCAGGAAAAACACCGUACCACUGGAGCGCCUCCUGCUGCACAGGGAGAAGAGAAACCGAGGGCAGACAGAAGAGGGUUCGGACUCCCAGGCCGUGCCCGAGGAGCUGGAGGAAAGGGAGGUGGAAAUUGAGACGGAAAUAGAAACAGAGGUCGGGGAUGACGGACGCAACGUGUCCCGGGAGAAACUCGCGGCUCCAUCCAGCCAAGACCCCUGGAACGUGCACUUCUCCAACCCGGCCAGCCCCCGGAGCGCCGGGACAGUUGGCUGA